AUGGAGGAGGCGGUUUCCAUGGUGACCGUUGCCAUGCCGAUGGCUACCGCCAAGCUGCGGAGCGGAGGCAUCGAAGGGGACAGCGAGCGGCCGGGUGGGCGCCGUCGCCUGCCCAUCGUGCUCAGCCCCGCGGCGGCUGCUCAGCGCUGGCGCAACGAGAACUAUGAGAGGCCUGUGGACCUGGAGGGCUCUGGGGACGAUGACCCCUUUGGGGAUGAUGAACUGGACGAUGUCUACUCGGGCUCUGGCUCGGGGUAUUUUGAGCAGGAGUCAGGGCUCGAGACGGCAGUGAGCCUCACCACGGACACAUCCAUCACACUCCCCACCACAGCGGCCAUGCUGCCCAUCACCUCGGUGCAGCCCGUGGCAACUCCCUUUGAACCGUUCCCUGCUGAGGACACCACCCCCGAGCAGACAACCAGCGUCUUGUAUAUGCCCAGGACAACAGAGACACCAGUGAUCCCCAGUUGGAAAGCAAUCACCACCAGUACCACUGCCAGUGACUCCCCUACCACCACGACCACCACCACAACCACCACGGCCACCACUACCGCAGCCACCACCACCACCAGCACUACCAUGGCCACUGCCAAGCUCACCACCGUCCGGAGGUUCCUGCCCCCCUUCAUCACCAAGGCAGCCACCACCCGGGCCACCACCCUGGAGACACCCACCACCUCCAUCCUUGAAGCCAGCCGAACAGAGGUGGCCACGUCACGGCUUGUCCCCCCCAGCACGGCCAAACCCAGGUCCCUGCCAAAACCAAGCACCUCCAGGACUGCAGACCUCACAGAAAAAAGCACUGCCUUACCAUCCAGUCCUGCCACGCUGCCACCCACAGAAGCCCCCCAGAUGGAGCCAGGGGAGGUGACGACAGUCCUCGACAACGAGCUGGAGGUCCCGGUCAGCAGCGGCCCCAGCGGGGACUUUGAGAUCCGGGAGGAGGAAGAGACGACUCGUCCCGAGCUUGGUAACGAGGUGAUGGCUGUGGUGACGCCACCGUCGGGACCUGGGCUGGGCAAGAACGCAGAGCCAGGGCUGAUUGACAACACGAUAGACUCCGGUAACUCGGCUGCUCAGCUCCCCCAGAAAAACAUCCUGGAGAGGAAAGAAGUUUUGAUAGCGGUGAUCGUGGGCGGUGUGGUGGGAGCCCUCUUCGCUGCCUUCCUGGUCAUGCUGCUCAUCUACCGGAUGAAGAAGAAGGACGAGGGCAGUUACACGCUGGAGGAGCCCAAGCAAGCCAACGUGACGUACCAGAAGCCUGACAAGCAGGAGGAGUUUUACGCGUAGAAGGAGUGCCCAGCGUGCCUCGCGCUCCCUCCCUCCCCGCUCCAAACUUUCCCUCCUCCUCUACUGCAUCCAGUCUC